AUGCAGGAGGACUAUGGGAAGCAGCUGUGCCAGCUGAGAGGGGACAACGAACAGUGUGUUUCCCAUCUGGAGGUCACCUUGGCCAGGCUACAAAGUGACUUGGCCCUGGGUGCCCACCACCGCCGUGGAGACCUCCGAGACGUGGCCGUAUCCACGGGAGAUGACCUCUCAUCCCGGGCCUUCCGCACUGUGUGCGUCCAGACGGACCCCAUGACCUUCCCCCAACCCCCCCUUAACUUGCCUAAGAGACUGGACCUGGUUUCUAUCAGUCUAAAUCUGUCUGGACAGACUACCUCUCCCUCUUCUUCCACCGUUCAUCUCCCUCCACCUCCUGCUCCUCCACUCCCACUAUCCGAACCACCUGCACCUCAUGAAGGCUUAUUAUCAGGCAACCUAGCCCCACCUCCCCCUCCUCUUCCUCCUCUUCCUCCUCCUCCUCCUCCUCCUCCUCUUCCUUUCCUUCCUGCUCUAACCCAGACCCAGGGCCUCGACGGGCCCCCUCCAUCUCUUCCACCCCCUCCACCAGGGUCCGCCCCUCCACCUCCACCCCCUCCACCAGGCUGUGCCCCACCACCUCCCCCUCCAGGGUGUCUGACCUUCAGUACCAUGUUAGAUAAACCCCCCAGGAAGCCGGCUGUGCAACCAGCCUGCCCCAUGAAACCUCUCUACUGGACCAGGAUACAGACACAGGACAACAAUAAAAACACACUGUGGAACUCUCUUGAGGAACCAGACAUCAUCAACACCACAGAGUUUGAAGACCUGUUCUCCAAGACCACCGUACAGACCAAGAGAAAACCUCUGGCAGAGGCCUAUGAGAAGAAACCCAAGGCCAAGAAGAUCAUGAAGCUGCUGGAUGGGAAGCGUUCCCAGGCCGUAGGGAUCCUCAUCUCUAGUCUGCACCUGGCGAUGAAGGACAUACAGGAAGCUGUGCUGAAUGUGGACAACUCCGUAGUGGACGUGGAAACCAUUCAGGCUUUAUACGAAAACAGAGCCCAGCCUGAUGAGCUGCAGCGGAUAAAGAAACACUACCAAACUUCCGAGGAGGAGCAGGUCAAGCUGCUGGACAAACCUGAACAGUUCCUCUAUGAGUUAUCUCAGAUACCAGACUUCCCAGACAGGGCUUCAUGUAUCAUCUUCCAGUCUGUCUUCAUAGACGCCAUCGACUCCAUUCAGCACAAGUUGGACAUUGUCUCUCGCGUCUGCAAGGAUCUGAUGGACACCUGCAGUGUAAGGGAGGUGUUGGGUCUGAUUCUAGCCCUGGGGAACCACAUGAACGGGGGCAACAGGACCAGAGGACAGGCAGACGGCUUCGGACUAGAGAUCCUGCCCAAACUAAAGGACGUCAAGAGCAGGGACAAUCGUAUCAGUCUGGUUGACUAUGUAACAUCGUACUAUCUCCGCAACCUGGACGAGAACGCUGGAACAGAGAGAAGUGUAUUUCCUCUCCCUGAGCCUCAGGAUGUGUUCCUGGCUGCCCAGGUCAAGUUUGAAGACAUCACCAAGGACCUGAGACAGCUGAGACGAGACCUGACAGUGUGUGAGAAAGGGGUUCAGAAGGUGUGUUCCAGCUCUCCAGAAGAACACCUCCAGCCGUUUAAGGACAAAAUGGAGUCGUUUGUUCUGCUUGCGGGUAAUGAACAAGAUGAAGUGCAUGCCCAGUUGAUGUUUGCACAAAAAAGAUUCCACGAGCUGGUGACGUUCUUAGGGCUGAAGCCCAAGACAGGAGAGACCGAGGUGGCGACAGGUCACUUCUUUAUGCUGUGGUUCGAGUUCUGUACCGACUUCAAGACCAGGUGGAAGAGAGAGAACAAGAAUAUAUCCAAAGAGAGGCUGAAAGAGGCCCAGCAGUCAGUGAAGAAGAUUACAGCAGACAAGAAGGUGGAGACGAGGAAGAUCAACCCUAACAGUCUGAAAGACAGGCUUCGCCAGAAGGAAGCUAACAUGGUGGCCACAAGCUGAGAGACAGAACAGGAGAGAGAAGAAAUUCAUGAGAAAACUGAUGAGUUGGUUUGUGAGGUGGGGACUUCUCCCACCCCUUUAGCCACCCACACAGGGUGAUCAGGAUCACACCCGUCUCUGUUCCUGCCCACCCUCUUAUAGACCAAGCCUGGAACACUGCCACCUGACCCCUGCUGGAGACUAGAGGAAACCCCACAUACUUCUCAGGUCACGAAGCCGCAGAUGGAUUCACUGACCAACAGGGUACUACUGGCAAUAGGGGGAUGAUGACUAUUUUCUUGUUUAUUUUUUUUAUGGGAGUAAUGUAUAUUCAUUUAAAAUGUGGUGGAUUCUCCACCUCAUCCUAAGGACGUUCAUGUUUAAAAAAAUAAUAUAUUUUUUCAGUCAAAUAUCUGGUCAAAUGAAACAAGACAGUGUGUCUAGAUUGUAUGGGAAACGUUUUUCUCGUGUAGAUUUGUUUAUGUUUGUUUUCUGUAUCAUGUUUUUUCACCUUGCAUUUCCACUGUCAAUCAUUAUAUCAAUGUAGAUAUCAAAUCAUCGAUGUAUCUUGCCAUCGGUCUCUGUUAUUACAACUUCCCAGCAACCCAAAACAGUUCAACAAGGUGUACAAAU